AUGGACGAUUUAUAUCGCAACGUUUUCCUUUCAGAUAGAUACAUCAAUUACCGGUUUCUGGUUCCUGGGUUGACCCAAAAUGACAUACAGCUACAGAAAAUCGCAAAAAUACAAAGGAGUGUCCAGGAGAGUUGUCUUCUCAGGGCCACAAUGAUAGGGGUUGGAAGUGGAGUCCUAGGCACUCUCGUUGGCACCUUCCUGUUCAGCAUUAACAUGUCGAACACGAGUGUGGGCGUUGAGGAUAAGCCCCUCUCGGUGAAACAGGAGUUUGUGAAGCAGUACCGGAGCUUCGUGCCCUACGUCAAAUCCACCGUUAAGAACUUCGCAAAGCUCGGAUUCAUGUAUUCGCUGUUCGAAUGCCUCAUCCAAAAGAAGAGGGCCAACUCCGACAUCAGUAACUCCGUGUACGCCGGAUGCACGACCGGCGCCUUCCUCGGCCUCAAAAACGGACCGUUCGCAGCCGCUGGCGGAUGUGCUGGCUUUGCCGCCUUUUCAUACCUGAUGGAGAAGUACCAACGAAGCAAGUAA